GCCAAUCCAAAAGUCUUCAAAUCUACUGUAACGUGGGUGUCGUGAUAUAGCUGUGCUGUGCGUGUGUAUGGUUUCGCGAGCGACGCGCGAUAUGCCGCACAUAGCCGAAUCAACAAGUGUCGUCGUCGUUGUGCGAACCUAACCUCAAUCUUAAUAUAGCCUUCCAAAAAGACAGAGAGACAGAAAGUGAAAAAGAGAAAGAGAGAGAGAGAGAGAGAAAGAGAAAAAAAGAACGAGAGCAAUGCUGUGAAAGUAAAUUUUACAAAAGUGUAUGUGUCAGAAAAAUAAGUGAUCCAGCGGACUCUCCCUACAUCUCUUCAAGAUGGAAGUCGUCUACAUAGAUGAACGGGAGGAUGUUCAGAAAAAGACUUUUUCCAAAUGGAUUAACUCGCAGUUACUUAAAAAUCAACAUGAUCCAGUGACAGAUUUGUUCUUGGAUCUUCGAGACGGCAAUAGAUUACUAUCUCUACUCGAAGUCUUGACGUCUAAGUCAUACAAACGUGAACGCGGUCGCAUGAGGGUCCAUCACCUCAACAAUGUAAACAAGGCGUUGCAAAUUUUAGAACAAAACGCCGUGAAGCUCGUAAAUAUCAGUAGCAAUGAUAUAGUCGACGGCAAUCCCAAAUUGACCCUCGGCCUCGUUUGGAGUAUAAUACUUCAUUGGCAAGUGCAUUAUCAUCUGAAAGAUUUGAUGAACGAGUUGCAACAAACAAACUUAGAAAAAACUUUGCUCGCUUGGUGUCGACAAAACGUACAGAAUUACGAGGGUGUUGAUAUAAAAAAUUUCACGACAUCCUGGUCCGAUGGUUUGGCUUUCAAUGCUUUACUGCACAGGUGGAGGCCGAAUUUAUUCGACUUCAAUGCCAUCGCCAAGAAACAUCCAAAUGCUAGACUUGAUCAUGCCUUUCGAGUGGCUCAGGAGCACCUUAGCAUUGAGAGACUACUCGACCCUGAAGAUGUUAACACGUCUGUUCCCGAUAAAAAGUCCAUAUUGAUGUACGUGACUUGCUUGUUCCAAUCGUUACCGCACUCCGGUGAGGAUGUCGAGGGAAUCGACAUUUCGGCGGCAAGUGAUUCGGGAUCCGCUGCCACUACACCGGGUUUUGAGCAGGCAACGGUAUCAUUUCCGCAGUUUCCACUGUACGAACCACCAAGUUCACGGCCAGUAUCCUUAGCUACCAACGUGUCAGUGGAACUAGGAGGCUAUCAAAUGGCACUCGAAGAAGUAUUAACGUGGCUACUGGAAGCCGAAGACAUAUUGAAUCAUGCACCCGAGCCAGGACCGAGUCUCGAGCAACUUAAACGACAAUUUCACGAACACAGUGGCUUCGUCAAUGAACUCUCGGGUCAUCAAGAUGGUGUGAGGACAGUUCUGGAAGAAGGUGAACGAUUGAUUAACGAUGGGGGUUUACAGAAGGACGAGGAACGCGAAGUACGCGAACAGAUGCGUCUGCUUAACUCGAGGUGGGAGGGACUCAAGAAGAGAGCAGUCGAGAGAGAGACUAGGAUCCAACAGGCUCUGAUGGAAACUCAACAAACCCAAUUAGAUUCUCUACGCCAGUGGCUAACAAAAACCGAGGACCGAAUAUCGCACAUGGCCAGUCAAGACAAUAAGUUACCACUCGAGGAGCAACUAAAACAACUGAAAGAAUUAGAAGAUGACAUAAAAGUCCAACAAGCAGUUGUCGACGGGUUAAACAAGAUGGUCGUAGUCGUCGACGAGGAGAAUUCGGAGACGAUAUAUGCACAGAUGCAAGAUCAAUUGUCUGCGCUCGGCGAGCGUUGGGCACACAUUUGCAAGUGGCAGCAAAUACGACAACAGAAUUUGCGAGCAUUGUCAUCGUUUUGGGACGAGUUGACAGGUACCUAUAAGAAACUCGUAUCGUGGCUCAAUCAGACGGAAAUAACACUCAAACAAAUGGAGGCACUGCCGGCGUCCGAGAUCGGACAAGUACUCGAAAGAAUUAAAAAGUUGCAGUUGCUAAAAUUGGAAAUGGGUCUAGUGCAGAAUAAACUCAGUAAAUUACAAAAGGACAUUCAAGAUUUCGAGGGACACAGCUCUAGCUCGGAGUGCGUUGAUAUGUUGGAAAAAUUUGAGAAUCUGGCAGAUCGUUGUGAUGCUGUUAAUGCUAUUAUGGAAGUUCAAAGUCAAAGAAUAUCGAAUUCUGGAUUUGAAGUGGAUUUAUCCGACACCCAAGUAACUUUAUCAUCGAGUGACUGGAGUGAUUCGAUAAUUGCGAACGCCAGAAAAGAAGAAAUUUCAGGAAUGUCACCGGCUCACAGUGAUUCGAAGAAGCGAAAAAUAGAUAGCGUAACGAGACAAGAUUUCGAAAAAGCUUUAUUGGAUCUUUAUAAAUGGCUAGACUACGUAGAGUUAGAAAUAAGCGGCUCAAAGGGCGCAUUUGACUUAUUGACCGUUGAUGAAAAAAAGAUUGUACACGAGAAAAUAAUGGAGGAUAUAGAUUCUCACAAAGCCGAAUACGAAAAUGUUAUCAAACUAGGCAAACGUCUUGUCGACGAAUUGCAAAGUAUUAAUGAAAAUACCGAUGACGAGGCAGCUAAGAUUAAAAAUAUAGAAACUUGUUGGUCGAUGACCAAUGCUAGGCUAAGAGAGAUUAAAGACACAGUGGACGUACUGUUGAAAGCGAAAGAGUGUAGGGUAGAACUGACUAGCUUAAAGUUGAUGCUAGAGGGGCACUCUAAGUGGUUUGAUGUUAAUCAAAAGGGUACUCAAAUCGAACUCUUCAGGGUUAAAGUAAAAUCAAUGAAGUCAUGUAAAGAUCGUGUUGAGAAAUUAGAGAAGACAACAACUGAAUUAGUUGAGGCUGACAGUAAAGGCCAAGAUGAAGUUACGUCGUUGAAAAAUGACGCCAAUUUAUUCGUUAAAGACUGGAAUAAUUUACUGACAAGAUUGUCUAGUAAAUUAAAUGAAUUGAGCAACGUGGCCGACAGAACACCUUCUAAAAAGUAUAUCGAAACGAUGACAACAUUAACUACGUUUAUCAAUAAUAUCGAUAGCGUUCUUCUUUCUGAACACGCUGUUAUGUCCGACGAAAAAACAAUGCAAGAUAGAGUCAAACGGUUUCAAGAACUGCAAGAUACUUUAAGAUCUCAUCAUAUAAAUUUUACAUACGUCAACAAAGUCGGUCAAGAUUUAAUAUCGAAAAUGGACAACGACGAAAAAAGUCACAACAUUAAAGAGGAACUCCAAGAUCUCAACACAAAGUGGAGUGAUAUUCCGAUUAUUCUUGAAGAAAGAUUGCAGAAACUUUCGAAAGAUAUCGAAUCUUUAAAAGUCUUCGCACAAGAACUAAGUAGUCUAAAAGACUGGCUGGACAGGUCAACAGCGCAUCUCCAAGAGAUCGCCGAAGAUUCCGCGAUAAAAGACGUGGAAACUACAGAGUACAAACUCCGGCAAGUUCGAGACCUUACCGAAGAGAUUAACAAGACAAAGCCGAGAAUUGAAAAUUUACAGACCGCCACUAAUACUAUGCUCGAGAAUUCCGAGCCAAACUUCGCUACCGUUUUGAACGGCAAACUUGAGGCGGUUUUUCACAAGUGGAAUUCCAUUGUCGAUGGUGCUAAGAUGCAGGGCGAUAAAUAUGAGAAUGCUCUCAAGAAAAAUGAUGAAAUUAUUAAUGGAAUUGAAGAUUUUACAAAUUGGCUAUCCAAUCUUGAAACUGAAAUUCCUGUAGAGGGCAAAAUCACGUCCUCAGUUGAGUUAUUCCAAGCUCGCGGUCGUUAUCAAGUUCUUAAAGACAAAGUUGAUCGGCGAGUAGAAGAAUUUCGCAAUUUAAACGAACUCGGCAGCGAUAAGCUUCUUAGUUCUGAAGGUUCAUCGGUUCAUGAAUUGGGCCGUCGUUUUACUUUUUUAAAUGCUAGGUGGACAGACGUUACCGAUCGAAUAUACGAGAGGUACAAACAUUUUCAGAAUGCUAGUCACGAGUACGGCGAGUUUCGAGCUCUCGUGGCUCAGGAAAGUGACUGGUUGGAUAAACUAGAAAAGAGGUUGAAAAAGUCAAGCAAGAAUGCUGCUGAUGCUGAGGACAUUUCUGAAGAACUUGAUGAUCUAGAGAAUUAUAUUAGGAAUCAUCCAGAUAAUCGUUUCGAAAAACUGCAAGAAAUUGGCAAACAACUCAUCGACAACGACAUCAUGACUCAGUCGAUUCAUUCAGACGUAGAAGCUCUAAUAAAUCGGUGGGAAAGUUUGCACAAGCAGGCAGGCGAACGAACGAAGUUACUGGAAGGAUCAGUGAGACAAGCCGAGCAGUCCGAAGGUCGGAUACUCGCCCUUCAUCAUUCGCUUACGCAAAUUGACUCGGUACUAACAGCACGACUUGACUGUGACCUCACUGCUGAUGAUUUGCCUCACGAUUACCAGAAACUGGUCGACGAGAUGGACAGUCAUCAAACAACACUAGACGACAUGUCAGCUCAAGUCGAAAGCUACAAAGCAGCAGGUAAACUAGAGGCAGCGCAACGUCUACAGGAGCAAACUCGUUUGAUACGUCAGAAGUUUGCCGAGGUGCAGAACAAGUUCCAACGUUUCCGUAGUCCGACAAGCAUCGAGCCACGAUUAUCUCGAGCUUUACGCGAGCUCAGGGGUAUUGAAGAGGCUACGUGUUUGCUUGAACUUGCCACCGAAGACCCUGAUGCUAUCGAGCGACAGCUCAAGCACUGUUUGAGGUUCUAUCAAACAUUAAGUGAAAUCAAGAGCGAAAUUGAAAGUAUCAUUGUUGCUGGCCGUAAACUUGUUGAAGAAGGUAGUAUUUCAGAGCCAGACAAAUUUUCUAAACGUAUUGAUACUCUCAAGGAAUUGUAUAAUAAGCUGGGUAUGCAAAUAUCCGAGUCGAAAGCAGUACUUGAGUCUGCGUUAGAGUUGUCACGUGAUAUGUAUGAACAAAUGUCGUACAUAAAUAUGUCUAUUGAAAAUAUUAACAAGGAAUUAGAUACGCAAAGGCACAAACCUGACUUACCAAUCAAUGCAAUUUAUGUUACGGAAACGCUCACAGAGGUAAUCCCACGAUUGAAUGCCGUGAAGGAUAAACUUUGCAGAACGCAAGAUGAGUUUUGUAAACUUUGUGAUCCAAGUUACCUCGAGCAGCUUAAAGAAAAGCUCUGUGAUAUCAUUGAUAGACUUGCUAAUACAGAAAGUCGACUACGACUGUGUAACGGAUCUGAGACGGAGCCAAAUGUAGAUGAAAUUAAUGCGUGGCUUUCGAAAUUAGAAAAUAAAUUAGGUCAGUUGGAAAGGGUGCCUGUUGACCAAUUUAAUGAAGGACAAUUUGAACAGUGUAAAGCUAUACAAACUGAAAUAUUAGAGACCAAACCAAUAAUUCAACAACUUCAGCAUUAUUCGUGUCAUCCUAAUGUUGCUGAGGUUUGUAGACGAUGGGAAAUAAUUUUCAGCAGAAUCCAGGAAUGGAUCCACAGGAUCACAGAUAAUUUGUUAAUUAGCUCUAAGGGUCGGGACUGUCGCAAUGCAGCAGCGUCAUCAUCAUCGCCAGCCAAAGUGGUAUCACUUGCCGACGACAACGAUGACGCCCACGACAUGUACGGCAUAGGGUAUCUCAACCCAGCUUUCGACGAGAACAACGUCCGGGGAAUCGCUGGCAAUACUGGCACAUCAAUAAUCACACCAGAAUCGUCGCCGAUCGAAGUAGCGAUGCGCAGCCACAAGUCUUCGUCGAAACCCGAGCGGACGCGGAUCAUCGACGUGAGCCGUACAGUCCGACGUCGACUCAACAUGAGCUCUUCCGUGCUCGAUGUUGUGCAAAUCUCCCAACAGCAGCAGCAGCAAUCAGUAGAGCACGACGAAGACGAGUUCUUCCUGUCAAAAAAUAGCAAACUUUUUUCGCAAGUCGAGUCGAACUCGCUGCAACAGAGCAACGAGUCACAGCAGCAACAGCAGCAGCAGCAGCAGCAGCAGCAGGAGAGACGGGCUGAUUGUCAAGUUGUCGAAGUGAAGGCUAUGGAGAUUGUCAAGGCUGUCGCGGCAAGUACUACCGAGGAUCGGGUUGUCUUGCCGAAAGCUAAUUUUAGCGUACAGCAGGUGCCACAGGUGGUAGAGCGUGUCGAGAUUGUGGAAGAUACAGAAACCGAAGCCGAAUCCGGGGACACCGAUCCGGACGAGCGUGAAAGCUUGAAACAAGCAGCAUUACCGCUACCUACGCCACCAAAGAAGGAACUCGUGUCGAUUCUAAAGCGUAACAAUUCCGCCGAAACAAAUCAAAAGGAACUUUGCAAUCUACUGGGCGAAACGUUAGAAGUAGGUUCGCCCACGUGUUACUUGCAGAAAGCUAAGUUACCGCUCGUUACGACAACACCACAAGUCUCUAAAACUCGCAUCGACACCGAAAGUGUGGCCGAGUACCUGAUACUCGACGAUGGUGAACGACCUGCAUUACCAGCGCCGAAUUUCGAGACGGACGACGAGGGGAAUGCUGCCAGUGGUGCACGUAGGAAAAUGCCAAAUGCUAAGGAAGUGACAUUUGCUGGGAAUGAUGGUGACGAUAAAGGAUCACCGGUUGCCAAAAGAACCAGAGUCCAAAGAUUCACGCCCACCGGCCAAGUCAGAGAGGAUUGCGACAGCUUUUAUGGCAGUGAUAAGGAAACUGACGACGCGUUGAUUUUCUCUGACGAUACUGAGAUUGAUGUGGGCAGCUCGAGCUCCGAUGACGGUGACGUCAAGCGAGACGAUUACCAUAUGCCGGAUAAGAUUAAAAUAGAAAAGGUUCAUCAGCGCAUAUCGAGCAACGUUCACGAGAGAAGCUCGGCGACCGAAAAAAAAUUGCUCCCAACGACGACUGGCCGAGUAUCAAGAGCAGCCCUAGGAAAAGAAAUAAUCGAGUUCGAAGACUUGGCACAGCAGAUGCUCAAGCGAAUGGAUAUCAUGCUCAUGACCGUCGGUGGGCUCAACAAUGAGAAAGAUCCUAGUAAAAGACUCGAGAUCCUCAAAGGUGAGAUCAGCUGUCUAGCCCCUGACGCAGCAACCCUGAUAAGCCGUGGUGACGGUCUAGUAAUGACAGUGCAUGCGAGUGACCCAAGCCGAGCUGAAAAAAUAAAACAUGAACACCAGGACAAACUGCGAGGCAAAUGGCAUCAAGUAAUGCAAGAGUGCGAGACGAAACGAACACAAGCAUUGAAAGCCGAAGACUCGUUACGUGUUUACAAUCAACUGAUCAACGAAUUGGAGGAUUGGUUCCGCAUUGCAUAUCAGAAGUUGGAACAAGCGAAUAAUUACGAAGGACAAUUAGAGGCAUUCACGAUUGAGUUUGAUACCAGACAGGAUCAAAUUAAAAAGCUCUCUCAGUGCGAACAGGAAUUGAAGAAAUUAAAUGUUGGCCACAAUGAGAAUGCGUUUUACAGUAUUAACAGUAGGUGGCAAGAAAUUAGCUCGCAGUUCAAGAGAUUCAGUGGUAGUAAGGAUAAGGAUAAGCAACAUUCCGAUAAGAAAGUUGAACUGCCCAUGGGCGGUAUAAGUGAGCAAGAUUUCAUGGCACGUGCAAACAAACUUCGUGAAGCAGUUGCCACUCUUUCAAAAUCUCUUAACUCAGCACCGCUGAACGGAAAAGACUUCGAAAGAUUUACCGAGCAAGAUGACUGUCUGAAGAAAAUCAGCAGUGCCUUGAACAUGUUGAAAGCAAGUGUCGAAGAGAUGAGCUACUUGUGGGAAAAUGUCACCGAUAACGAAGUAGCUUGCCAUCACAAUGAAAGUCUCAAGAACGAAUGGACAAUCGUUAAUCAAUGUUAUAUCGAGCGUUACAAUCGAUGGGCCAAGUGUAACGAAAAACUCAAUGAGCUGAGAAACGCGUGCUGGAAUUUUGACGAUCAACUGUUGAAGAUGGAAGCGAGUGUGAAAGAUGUUGCUGUAAAUCCGCAUAUUAAAGUUAAUAAAGCGAGAAUGCUAGAGCUGGAUCACGAGAUGCCACUAAUGUUGAGAAUGAUGAAUAAUAUUAGCGUGACUAUGACUGAUGUUACUAAUAGAUCCUCAUCUGCGGAUGUUAAGGAAUGGCAAAAGGUUAUUGAUGAUUUGAAGACUCGUUGGCAGAGAUUCGUUACCGAGUGGAAUAUUCAGAAGAGCAGGUCAGCGACUAUGGGCAAGCAUCGUACACCCAAGCAGAUACUCGAUGGAGCUAACAAUCUGGUAUCGCAAGUCAACUCGUUGCUGGUGUCAACUGCCAAUCCAUCUGAUGAUACCUCGCUUUCCAUCCGGCAUUCCAUGGUUAAGGCACGGGAAAAAGAGCUUGCAGAUCAAAUAAAAGAAAUACAAACGUUGAAAAACCAACAAAAUGUGAACGUCAGUGAUGAAGAGUGCAAUAAAAUUAUCGCUAAUUUAGAAAAGGCUCACGCGGGUAUGUUGGCCCACAAGGAGUAUGUGGAGAGUAAAUUGACUUCGCUUAAGAAGUACGUGCAAAGUUUGGACGCGGUUAUGGCCUGGGUGAUAGAGACUCGAGAGAGGCUCAACCUCGCUCGCGAUCUUCCUGAGCAGGAUCGUACUAAAGCCAUCGACGUUAUUAUGGCAAGCGUCGAGGAUCGCCAAAUGGAAGUGAAAGACGUAUUGGAGAAUUAUACAAAUCUAGAAAAGGAAUGCGAGUCUGCAAAACAGACUGUCUCCAUUGAACUUCAAGAAAAAUUAAGGAAACUAAGAGACGACUGGAAUUUACUAAAAAAUCACGGUGACAUAGAAAUAGAAGCUGUGACAGCAACUACACCGGUACAACAUCGGGUUGUUGCAGAGCGCGAGAGGAACGUAGGCGCAGCAGUAACCACCGGCUCGCCAGCCCCAACAACCAGCAGCAGCAGCAGCAGCAGCCCCAGUAGCGCAACCCCGUUAUCAGCCUCGACGCCUAAUCAGCCUGACGGCCAGCUACUUCGAAUACGCGACUGGCUCGCAGCUAAGGAAGACAUGAUACGUCAACAGGUUGUCAUCGUCGGUGAUGUCGACAAUAUACUCCAGCUCAUUGACAAGCAAAAGACGGUUCUGCGGGAACUGGAGCAGAAGAAACCGCAGCUGGACGAGUUGGUCCACACAGCCGAGAAUCUGCGAGCCGAUACUAACCGGCAGCAAUUACACGGCAAAGUAACAAAGCUACGGGAGCACUGGCAGGAGACAAACUCGAAGGUGAUGCAACGCAAAGCCGAGCUAGAUGCGAUGCUCGGCGAUAGUCAACGUUUCGAUGCGAAACGCAGCGAAGUGGAGGUUUGGGUGUCUCGAAUGGAGACGCGACUCGAGAGAAUGCGCGCUGUCGGACAUACCGCCGACGUGCUCGAAGCCCAGCUGCGCGAGCAAAAGUCAUUCCACGCGGAACUACACCAGUACAAACAUCAGAUAGAGCUGUUUAAUUCGCUCACGCAAAAGCUCAUUGCCGUUUAUCAACAGGACGACACGACCAGAGUGAAAAAACUCACCGAGACUAUCAAUCAGCGAUAUAACAAUCUUAAUACUAGUAUCAUUAACCGAGGCAAACUGCUGCACUCGGCAAUGAACUCGUUGCACAACUUCGACCGUUCGCUGGACAAGUUCCUCGCAUGGCUGAGCGAGGCAGAAUCGGCCACGGAGUCGCUCGAGACCGAAGCUGAUCGACAGGUUGGCAGACGCGACCAGACCGCUCUAGCACGAUCACAGCUACAACUUAAGGACUUGCAGUCAGAGAUCGAGACUCACCAGGACGUGUACGCAUCGUUGAACGGAACUGGUCGCAAACUGCUAAGCUCACUAGCAAGCCAGGACGAUGCGGUCAUGUUGCAGCGGAGACUCGACGAGAUGAAUCAACGCUGGCAUCAUCUCAAGGCUAAGAGCAUGGCCAUCAGAAAUCGUUUGGAGAGCAAUACCGAGCAUUGGAACGCGUUGCUGCUAUCGCUGCGAGAGCUGAUCGAAUGGGUAAUACGCAAGGACACCGAACUCACAGGACUUGGACCGGUGUGCGGCGAUCUGGCCGCACUUCAAAAACAACAGGAUGAUCACCGAGGCUUCCGAAGACAGCUGGAGGACAAGCGACCAAUUGUCGAGAAUAAUUUGCUGAGUGGUCGGCAAUACAUUGCCAAUGAACCACCUCUGUCCGACACAUCGGACUCCGAAGCAGGUCGCGAUUUGGACGCCGACUCGCGUGGCUACAGAAGUGCCGAGGAACAAGCGCGCGAAUUGACACGCAGUAUUCGUCGCGAAGUGAACAAACUGUCGGAGCAGUGGAACGCUCUGAUCGAACGCAGCGACGCCUGGAAGCGAAAGCUCGACGAUACAGCCACCAAGGUUUGCGCGUUCCAAAAGUCCCUGGAAGAAUUGUCGUCGCGUUUGGCUGGUGCAGAGGCGAUACAGAGUGGCUGGCAGCAAGCGGCGACGACAGCGUCGACGAACGGAAUAAACGGCAGUGGCGGCAACGAAGCGGCGUCAGAGCAGUUGGAACAGUUGCACAAAUUCGGCGAACGACUGGCACCCAUAGCGAGGCUCAUCGAGGAAGCCAAUGAUCAAGCGAGCUCUUUCGUCACCAACAGUGUCAUUGUCUCUCACGCGUUACUCGCUAAGCUCGAGGAUCUGAAUACCAGGUGGAAGGUGCUGCAACUGGCAGUGGACGAGCGUUACAAGCAGCUGAGCGGUUUCUCAAGCAGCAACAAGGACGGUACGACAGCCGGCAGCCAGGCCUUCCUUGCGAGCAGCGUCGAGCCACCAUGGGAGCGCGCUUUAACAGCCGCCAAAGUGCCUUACUAUAUCAACCACCAACUGGAAACGACGCAUUGGGACCACCCGAAAAUGAUCGACUUGAUGGCGUCGUUGGCCGACCUGAACGAGGUACGUUUCUCCGCUUACCGGACCGCCAUGAAACUACGAACGGUGCAGAAGAAGCUCUCACUGGACCUGCUGAGUCUGUCGACGGCACUGGAGCAAUUCGACUCGCACGGGUUGCGCGCGCAAAACGACAAGCUGAUCGACAUCCCGGACAUGGUGACGGUGCUCGCGUCGAUCUACGAGCACAUCGCCGCUGAGAACCCCGGGCAAAUAUCGAGCCCGCUGUGCAUCGAUCUUGCCAUCAAUUGGCUGCUCAACGUUUACGACAGCCAACGCACGGGGCAGAUUCGAGUGCUGUCGUUCAAGGUGGGGCUCGUGCUGCUUUGCAAGGGGCACUUGGAGGAGAAGUACAGAUACUUGUUCCGGCUGAUAGCCGAUCCGAAUCGGCUAGUGGAUCAGCGCAAGCUGGGUCUGCUGCUGCACGACUGCAUCCAAGUGCCGCGGCAACUCGGCGAAGUGGCGGCCUUCGGCGGCUCCAACAUCGAGCCGUCGGUGCGCAGUUGCUUCGAGAAAGCCGGCAAAGACAAGAACGAGAUCGAAGCCGUUCACUUCCUCGGCUGGCUGCAACAGGAACCGCAGAGCAUGGUUUGGCUGCCGGUCUUGCACAGACUGUCGGCCGCCGAGGCGGCCAAACAUCAAGCCAAGUGCAACAUCUGCAAAGAGUAUCCGAUCGCUGGAUUUAGGUAUCGCUGCCUCAAGUGCUUCAACUUCGACAUGUGCCAGAACUGCUUCUUCUCCGGCAGAAGAGCCAAGAAUCACAAACUCACGCAUCCCAUGCAAGAGUACUGCACGGCGACGACAUCUGGCGAAGACGUGCGCGACUUCACGCGCGCACUUCGCAACAAAUUCAAGUCGAAGCGCUACUUCAAGAAACACCCGCGCGUCGGCUAUUUGCCGGUCCAGACGGUCCUCGAGGGCGACGCGCUCGAGAGUCCAGCUCCGUCGCCGCAGCACAGCUCGCUCAGCCAAGACAUGCACUCGCGGCUCGAAAUCUACGCCUCGAGAUUGGCCGAGGUGGAGUUGUCGCGAACCAGGAGUAACUCCACACCCGACAGCGACGACGAGCAUCAGCUCAUUGCGCACUACUGUCAGAGCCUGAACGGCGGUGACGGCGUGAACGUGCCGCGGAGCCCCGUACAGGUAAUGGCAGCGAUAGACGCUGAGCAGCGCGAGGAGCUCGAGGCAAUGAUACGCGAGCUAGAGGAGGAGAAUGCCACGUUGCAAGCCGAGUACGAGAGGUUACGCUCGAAACAGACACCAGGCUCGACGCCCGAGGACGGCGUGCACGGGGCUAAUGGCCGGCAACCCGACUGUGAUAUGAUCGCCGAAGCUAAACUGCUGCGCCAGCACAAGGGUCGACUCGAGGCGCGAAUGCAAAUACUCGAGGAUCACAAUCGCCAGCUCGAGGCUCAGCUGCAAAGACUUCGGCAGCUGCUCGAGGAGCCAAACGCUGCAUCGCCUUCGAAGACUGGAACGCUGCAAACGCGAAGUGUCACUGCGUCGCAACUUGCGACUGAUUCUCCCGCGAAAAUGAACGGCCACUACCACGAUUCUCCAGAGGACUUAAGUAAAGCUGUUGGCGAAUUGGUUACCGUAAUGACUGAAGAGAGCAAACCGGAAACGAACGGCCAACAAACGCAGCAGCAACAACAGCAACAGCAGCAACCACAGCAACAGCAACAACGAGCUCUGCCUCCAGCAUUUAAACAAUGAACGCAAAAAAAUAAAUUUUCAAUAUACAUAUAUACAUAUAUAAAUAUAUAAAGAACAUAAUAAAAGAUAAACGCAAGCUAAACUCUAAGAAACCAACAGACCAACACAUACAUACAGACAGACAAACGCAAAGACAAAAAAAAAUCAUCGCGCUUUAUUCACCGAGCAUAACAGCUAAGUAUAGCACGCAAGAGCGUGAAAGAGGGAGAGAAAGAGAGAGAGAGAGAGAGAGAGAGAGAGAGAGAGAGAGAGAGAGAGAGAGAGAGAGAGAGAGAGAGAGAGAGAGAGAGAGAGAGAAUCAUGUUAAUCGCUGUUGUAGGACCAUUUUAUCGCAAAAACUAAGCAUCAUCAACUUUGUAAUCAUCGACCAAGAGCGACAAGUCUGUUUUAUUGCAUAUCAGUGAGUGAGUAAUUUUAAAUGACGAGGAUUUAACAAAAAUAUGUGAACAAAACGUUGCAAUUAUUGCGAUAGUUUUGGGUAUUUUAUAGGGUUCUUUUAUAUAAGUCGACAAGAGAACGACUCUUUUAUCGGGGGACUUGAAAUAAAAAAAAUAAAUAAAUUCAGAGCUUUCACGUAUGAUGGUUAUAUACAUACGCGAGAGGAGAUAAACUACAUAUUACGACUCGUCAUAUCAUUGCCAAAAGAGAAUAAAAAUUGAGAGAAACGCUAGAGGAAAACGAUGAAUCAAUAAAUAGAAAAGAAAUGUUAUUGUAUUGUAACGAAACGAAUCAAUUGUUAUACGCGCUUGCUGUAGUUAAGCAAGUUAUUGAUACUUAUAAUGCGAAUUGCGAAAAAAGGGGAUUUAAACAAUUAUUAUAAAUAAUAUUAAACUUCUCAAAUUUAAACGAGGCGAUUAAAACGACGUUGCUUCUGCAAAAGCAACGUUAUUAAUUAAAUGCAUGCAAGAGAAAGCAAUGUGUCAAAUCGCAUACUCUCAUAGAAUGUAGUAUUGUAAUUAACAUUCAACAUACGCUCAUUAGUGUAUUUAUCUAGAUAUCUAUUUCAGAUUUUCUUCCGACCCCCUUUUUUUUCUUUUCGUGAAAUAUUUUAUCGAAACUGCCCUAUGUACUUUUGACCAAUUAUCGUGAGGAGAACUAGAAAGAUAAAAAAAACCAAAAGUAACUUCGUUUCUCCUAGCACGUUAAUUGCCGAUGAUUUCCUGCGACUUCUUUCUAUAGAUUUUUUUAAACGAUACAAAAUACAGAAAAAUACAAAUGAAAUGCAUGUGACCAGGAUACCCUUUUGGUUUUCCGAUUUACGUUUUGACUACUAAACGAAUGUUAUAUAUAUAUAUAUGUUGGAAGAUAUUAAUAAACUAUCAAACUAAAAGCAAAUUGUAGUCUGUAUUCUAACAACCUGCAAUAAAGCUAUCUUAAACAAAUAUAAAAAAAGUAUCUUCAAUCUUUGUGGUAAGUUGUUUGGUGUUAAAAAAAC